GCGAUCAACGGUCGGAAGGUAGUAGACGCAAGACCAUUAAAACCAAUCGUGCCGCCCAAGCGCGAGGAAAACACAACAACACACAUGCAAGCCGACCAAGACGCGCUCACUCCAGAAAAAACUCCAUCACCGGAAGCCGCCCACUCUCGAUAUCCUCCGACACAUCGCCUUCAUACCGCGUGGCCUCCUUCACAUACACCUGGCCCACGAGCGCAUAUUGUUCAGAAAUGCAACACCCCAGAUGCGCACUCCGCUUACAUCCUACUAUCUAGCACCGAGCGGGAUGUGCGACGCCGAUGGAAUCGUCUUUGAUGCGUCGGAGCACGUACGGCACAGCGCAGCCGAGCGGUAUGCAGAUCAGAUCACCAGGCUUGGACUGCGAAUGUGCCAGUCCGACUGCGCCGUGGUGUUGAGUCGUGAGGAGGCGCCGUUGGCUGCACGUGGCGGUGAUGGCAGAUGUUCUUGCAGCCCACUGAUCUCUGCCAGGAAUGGUGUCGUCCGCGCUGCUCUGCAGGAGCUGGUCGAUGUCUAUGUUGGGUGGUGCCUUGCCUGCUGUGAAGAGAUUGCAGAAGAGGGUGAUGAUCUCCUCGUCUGUGCUGGAUUGUUUCUGCUCUUCGGUCAUCGAUCGCCACUGUCUCAGAAAUUGUUAUUGCUUGGGUACUGGUUCGGAAACGUCACUGACGCGAGCGGAUGGUGUCGAAGACGAAGGCGUGGACGCCGAUGAUGUCGGGAUCUGCGAGCCUCAUCGCGCAUCUGGUUCUGGGUGCGCCAGCAGCGGAAUACAGUGUUUCUCCCUCCAAGGUCCCCACCCAGAAC